AUGCCUAAAAGUCACACAGGCAGUGUCACAGGAGAGAUUUGCCAAAAGGGUACAGAUAUUGAUGCCUCACAGCUACAAAGCCUUCUCAACAAAGAACUCCUUAAAAGUAACUCUUCUGAAUCCCUAGGAAGAAACUUCACUUUUGAUGAGUGCCGAAGUAUUGUGGCUCUGAUGGACGUUGAGGUCAAUGGACGUCUUGAUCUAGAAGAAUUUGAGCAGCUAUGGAAGAAACUUCUUCAAUAUCAGGUAAUGGCCUAUAUUCUUAUGACGUUCAAUUAAAUCCUGGUAUAGUGGAAAAACAUUGGAUGAGGAAUUGGCUAAAUUACAGUCUUGUGACUAACUAGUUAGCAUAGCAAAAAUUCCUUAAGGGUAUGGAUUCUCUCUCAUUUGCAAUUAUAUCCCCAGAACCCAGUUCUGGUAGAUACUUAAUGCUUGUUGUUUGUUAGAUCUUUGAUCUAGUUGUGUAACUUUGGUCAAGUCAAAUUAAAUUUCCCAGUCUGUAAAAUUAGACAGUUAUAUUAUUUAUGGUGACAUGUUCGA